CUGGGAAGAGAUCAUUGGGUCGUCCCUCGGUAGGCGGAGAAACCAGUGCAACUACAAAUACAGUCCGGGCUGCUCUGACACAGGAUUAGUAGAGAACACAGGAUUAACAAGUGAGAAAGAAAGAAACCCGCACGGACUAUUGCUUGCUGUUUUACAGACAUCAGGUUUAACCAUGAAUAAGGACACAGAGGUCGACAUGAAGGAAGUGGAGCUCCGUGAGCUGGACCCUGAGAAGCAGCCAAUGACAGGUGAUGGCCAGGCUGCAGGCGGAGAGAAAAAUGGCAGCGUCAAGCUGAAGGUCCCAGAUGAGGAGGUUAAAUUCACAGGUCUGUCCAAAGAGGAGCUGAUGAAGGUUGCUGGCACUCCAGGAUGGGUGCGAACGCGUUGGGUGCUUCUUGUCCUGUUUUGGCUGGGCUGGGUUGGCAUGCUGGCUGGAGCCAUAGCAAUUAUAGUCCAGGCCCCUCGCUGCAAACCCAUCCCUGAGAUGAACUGGUGGAACGAAGGACCUAUGUACCAGAUCUCUGACACCGAAGCUUUCUCUGAAGGAAUUGCAGGUGUCGAGGCAAAGUUAGACGAAAUCAACAAGUUGAAGGUGAAAGCGCUGGUUCUCGGCCCUAUUCACACCGUCCAGGACAACCAGCCGGACACCCUCAAUCUUAAUGCGAUCGACCCGUCCAAUGGAAAAGAGGAGGCCCUGCUUGCUGUGCUGGAAAAGGCCCACAAGAAGGGCAUUUCUGUGGUGCUUGACCUGACUCCUAACUACCGGGGAGUCUCUCCCUGGUUCAACACUGAGGAUGUUGCUAACGUGAUGGAGAAAGUCAAUGCUGCAGCGGAGCGCUGGCUGAGUUUGGGUGUUGAUGGCAUCAAGAUAUCUGACCUCACUGUUGCCACCAACUCUAACGAUUGGUCAAAGCUGCAGGCUGCCGUCCAGGGCAAUCGCACUGAGGACGCCAAGAAGAAGUUGCUGAUGGGUGUUGUUGAAAGUAUGUCGGCUACAGAUGUGUCUGCACUUGUCAAUACCACGGGUGUAGAUCUGAUCCUGUCUGACCUGAUUCAAAACAAAAAUGGAGGUGUGGAGCGCAUCAUGGCCAUGGACACCCUCCACUCUCAGCAGAGAAGUCUGGGCUGGGGUCUCGGUGCCGCCCAACGAGAUCAGCUGUCUAAACAUGCAACGACUCCCGCCCUGAUCCGUCUCUACCAGCUCCUGCUGUUCACCAUGCCUGGAACCCCAGUGUUCACCUACGGAGAUGAGAUCGGCCUUCAGGCAGCCGGUGCAGGAUCACCGAAGAUGGUUUGGGACAUAGAGACGGAACCUGCAGAUGGAGCGGCUGUCAAUGAGACUGCUGAGGCUGCGCGUAAAGAGCACGUUGCUAUAAGGAAAUGGUUCAGAUCCCUCAGCGAACUGCGAGGCAAAGAGCGCUCGCUCCUCUACGGCGACUACUACCCUCUCUCGUCCGCCACCACCUCCCUCUCGUUCCUCCGCGUGUGGGACCAGAGCGAGAGAUACAUAACGGCCGUCAACUGGGGAACAGCAGCGGAGACGCUCACACUCAAACUGGAAACUACAGAGGGCUUAGAGCUGCCAGAGUCAGCCACGGUGAAGCUGUCGACAGAUGCAGCCCUGGAGGUAGACUCCACCGUCACCUUGGACGAAAUCCUCCUCGGACCUGGACAAGCUGUCCUGCUGCAGUUCCCCCAAACGGGCUAAAGAUGGAGCCAAAGUAUAGAAAGCUAUGCACACAUCACUUGUUUUAAAAAGAAACCGAAGUCAGUCCUAAUCCUUAAGAAUAAAAUGCAUAGUCUAAAGAUUUAUUUUGUACCUUUUUUAAUAAAUGGGACUUUCUAUCAAAACAUAAAUGAAUUUGUUCAAUGACAGUCUGUACAAAUACAGAAUGUUGGUCAGUACAAAUUCUAUUUUUAAGAAUUACUUUUGGUCAUUUCAAACGUGCACUGAACAUUUUAUUCUUGUGACCUUUUAAUGUUGACUUUUGUCCAGUAAUGUGAAAUACAUUCCAUUUUUGUUCUUUGGGCAUUUCUCUAGCAGUUAAUGUUUUUAUUAUACAUUUUAAGAAAUUCAGUUUUUUUAGAAACCGUUUUUCCUCUAACUGAAAGGCAUCGCACAGGAAAACCCAGUUAACUCUGAACACGUGUGGUGACUCUGUUUGAAGUGCUUGUAAAAGGUUUCGAACGGCAUCAAGUUUGACAAGUGAACCGACUUUGAAAUGAAUAAACAAAGUUCUGUACCGAC